AUGCGACAACUCCCUAGGUUAUGCGAGGAAAGCGAACAGGACACUCGUUAUGUGCAAUACUUUGUAGAGUGUCUCUCCGUGGACACCCCCAGCUGUGGCAGCGAAUACUUGCACUGGCGACCUCUCAUGAUCCAAGCCAUGCAUCAGGAGAUUGCUAUUCGUCGAGGUGUUGUCGCUUUGAGCGCGCUUAUGCAGGAACGAAUGGAGCAUGGCUCAGUGGGGAUACAUGGGUUUGAUGCGCCUCCUCGGAGCGGACGGUAUCUUUUCGGGCUGAAAAAGUAUAGCAGGGCGUUGGCUUCCUUGCAGGAAUUAGUCAAGGAUAUGGGGAAUGACAGAUAUCUCACGCAGGUGGCCCUGCUCUGCGGGAUCAUCUGUAUCUGGUUUGAGAUUCUCAUGCGAGAUUAUCUUGCUGGGUUGCGUCACCUGGAGAUGUGUCUGAAGAUAGUUCUCAAUGCAGGCCCUUCGGGGAAUGUCGACUCGGACAUCCAAAGAGCUUAUGCGCGAAUGGACAUGCAAGCAUCGUUGUAUGUCGGGAUCCGCACCCCCGUCACAGUUCCCGAAGCAAUGUCCCCGAUCCCCUACGUCUUCGACUCGUUCAACCAAGCCGAAGCCUGCCUGAUGGAGGAAUACGCUCGAGUUGUCCACUUUUACCGCAAUGCAGGCAAUUUCUACCGUAUCCAUCAACUAUUUUGCGUUCCGCUGGAGCUAGUUGCGUACACACAGACCCUGCAAGCGCGUCUUGAGCUUUGGAAGUCAGCAUUCGGGUAUUCCUAUGCCUGUCAGAAGGCGCAGGGCAGUCCGCAGACUUCUGCGCGCGCUUCUCUUCUUCUUAUCCACUAUUACAUCGCGCUGGUAACCGCGGCUACAUCCGUCUAUGCCGAGGAAACGCUGUAUGAUCAGUUCCUGUAUGUGUUCAAGCGGAUUCUUUCCCUGGCGAGAUCGUUGAACGCCUGCCAAGAGAGUGCCGCUGCAACUUUGCUUGUCGGCGUUCCGAUGAAAAUGGGCAUCAUUCACCCGUUGUAUUUUGUCGCGACCAAAUGUCGGGACUCAGCGGUCCGGCAAGAGGCCAUCGACUUGUUGUCCUCGGCGCCGUAUCCGGAUGUGGUCUGGGAGGCGCCGAUACUGGCGGCGGUGUCACGAAGGGCGAAGGAAAUCGAGGAGCUGGGCCUCGAUGGCAAUCAGCCGGUCCCUGAGUUCAAAAGGCUUCAUGGCCUCGGGUGGGCAAUUGAGUAUGAAUCUCGUCAGGUGCGGGUGGAAUUCCGUAGACGCCCCAAUGGCAUGGACGGAGAGUGGGAUGAGUGGGAGGAAUGCCUUAGCUGGUAG